UUCAUCUCGAGCGUGUCAGUUUAACGGCUGUCUGGGGCGCGGGGGAGGGGAGCGCGCGCGCUUUCAGCAAUGAAAAUUAAGGAGGCGAUAGCUGCUCUGUGUAAAGUGCUCGUCGGGAUACGGGGAAGGGACGGGGCGGCUAUUGCUGUCAAUAUCAGUCCGGAAAUGUUUCGUAAGGCCAAGUUCAACCGAAAUGAAGUGACCACUGAAUUCUGGAAGUUGCUGCAUUGGCUCCUGAAGCUGGUCAAUGAGGACAAGCCCUCUGAGGUCUUAGAGUUGGCUGACCAGAUUAAAUAUGUGAAGGCUGUAGUUUGCUAUUAUGGUUAUGGAUUCAUGGAUUUCUACCAGCUGCCCAUGGAUGGCAGUCUGGGUAGUCGAGAUCUCAUCUUGGCUUUCUCAUGGCUACUGCAGAGAAUUCACCUGUUGGAACAGCUGCUGAAUCUGCAUAGACUGCAGGUGGAAGAUGUAGCAUCACUCUGCAUGUGCAAACAGACUCUAUCAUUCAGGCCCAUGGAGGGAUCGGACCUUCAGGAAAGCAGCCACCCAGUGGAGAUGGAUGUGCGAUACCUGCAGUCUUUACAUGGGAAGUUGCGGUUCCGCAGGAGAAAUCUUUACAGUGCUCAGCAGGAGAGGUGUUCUGCUCUCUAUAAGAUCCAUUUAUACACCAAAGGAUGUAGCAGCAGCCAGAGCUUUGAUCAUUUGUCUGCAACUGAGGCACGUCUGAUUCAAGAUCAUCAACAGUGCACUGAGUUUGUGCAGCUGCUGGAGCAUGAGAACAUACAAUUGGAAGCAUACCUGGAGUGGAAGCGGCUGGAGCCCAUAUAUUGGCAAUGGAUGGAAAGUGUGCUGUCUGCCAAGCUGCAGGAUACCCAAGAGGUGCUGAAUCUAAACUUCACUGCAGUCACUGCCCCCUCAUUCAAUCGGAGGGAGAAUUGCAAGGAACCUGAUGCCUUCAGGAAAACAAACAAACUUUACGCUGAGCUACUGAAGCUGCAAUCAGAGAUACAGGACCGGAGAUUGGUGAAGAAUGAAAGGAUUAAAGAGCAGGAGCGAAGUAUGGGAGAUCACCUGGGAUGGCAUGAAGCAGUGUUCCUGACAUGUAAUCUGGAGCAGAAACUGGCAGCAGUACAAGCCAGAAUGAGCCAAGAGAGAAGACGACAUGGCCAAGUCAGAUUGGCAUUGAGAAUCAACUCUACUCUCACUCCUUCCAGAAGUAAGCCUCCCACUGCCCAACAACAUAUCAGCUCUGUGAGUCUCACUGCAACAGAAAUGAUCUCACAGCUAGAAGCUGAAGCAAUCCUAUUAAAGAAGGAACUCCAAGAAUUGCAGCAACUCUCCAAAGAGGCUCUUGGAGAGAUUUUGGAACAUCUGGAUGGAGUAAUAUGCAUUCCACCAACGCCGCGAUGAGGCUCUGGGAAUUAAUAGAAAAGUUAGUGACAAUACAGUGACUUUUGGGCAGAUCAUAUACAGGCUAAUUCUGCUUACUACUUUCAUUCGUGGACUUAUUCUCUACAGUGAGAGAUAAAACCUCCAUAGGCAUCUGAUUUUGGUUGUGUUAAUGAAAAGGUGCUAACAGGAAGACGACAAUUAGAGGAAGGUGCAAGGUUGUACAUUCUCACCUCCUAGUGGCCUAACAUGCAGUGACAUGGAUGAAGGCCAAGAUUGGAUUGUCAGGCUGUGCUUAUAGUCAGUGGAUGUGUGUUGUGCACAUUGUUGUGAAGAAUUGUUGUGCACAUGUCACUGUAUUAGAAAGACAAAUCAAACAUUGAAGAAUCUGUCAGUCAUGAUGUGAUUUUUUUUUAAAACUUAUUUGCUCUGUUGCAUAUUUUUUGGAGGCAAGGUGUCAUGAUUUACUUUGAAUAACCCUAUGCUUGCUUGAAAUGUGUUAACCACAGAAGGAAGCCAUUUAGUCCCACAAGUCUGUUCAACCACUCAAUUAGAUCUUUGCUGAAAUGUCUUUCGGAAGAGUUCCAGAAUCUCCAUAUCCUUUAUUCAAAACACUGAGCAACUUGGCUCUAAUUUAUUCUGGACUUCUGUUGUCUAAAAGAGCAUUUCUUUCCUCGAUUGUACUGAACCAUAUUGAUCAUGCAAUUUCAUAUUAAUGAACAUUUUUAUCCCCUAUAGCUAUUCUGUACAAAUAGGAUAGGUUAGACUGUAAAGCGUUGAUGAAACAUCAAAGUCCUUCUCAGGCCUUCAAUCAGAAAGGUAGGCACAAACAUAUCUAGUAGCUUGUGUUUGAGGAGCUGGAUUGCCUGACUUGGCGCCUCUAAUCAAACAUCUUAAACUCCAUCUUACUGCAAUCAGCCAUCCUAAACUGGUUUUUAUUCAAAGUCAGAACUAUCUUGAACUUUGUUCCUGUGUCUUUUUUUCUUGUUUUGAUUUUGUACUUGUUGAAAAUAUCACCAUAAAUUAUUAAAAUUCUUCAGGCAAAAAUAAA